CGUUGGUUAGUCAGCACUUGAGUGAUUUAUGAGUAAUCUUGACUGAUAAUGUACUUAUGUUUUUUUUUUGUUUUUGUAAGAACUUGUUACAAUUGUUUAAUAAAAUGUCAUUAUAUAUGAUCAAUCAACUUAUUGCGUAUAUUUAUGAUUGCGAUGUAAAUAGAACUGAUGUAAAGAGAAGAAAACCACCCAAGUGUGGUCAGCCUAACCUUUUCUUACGUUAAACACACGUGGACACGUGGAAGCGUUCUAUAGUUUGAAGUUUGUACAUUGUUUGACGUGCGUACCGUCUGUACGCGCGUAUCGAUAGCUCGAAAUAAUUCAAGUUGCGUUUAAAUAAAUGCUAAAAAAAAAAAAACAAAUAAAAUGGCGCAAAGAUUAAGCAACAAAGCGAAAAUCAAAUCGUUUUUCACUGUCACGGGUAGUGCAGUUGCUCUGUUCGGCGGUAUUUCGCUGUAUCAGAGCAACGAAAAGUUUUACAACGAAGUUGCAAUACCGAUGAUGCAUCUAUUGGAUCCGGAAACUGCUCACAAUCUCGCGGUAAAAAUUUUGAAAUGGGGUCUCGUGCCGAGACAGAAAACCGAAGAUCCCCGUACUCUUCGAACAAGUGUGUUCGGUUUCAACUUGACGAAUCCCAUUGGCAUGGCCGCAGGAUUUGACAAACAAGGAGAAGCGGUGGAGGGAUUGCACAAGAUUGGUUUCGGUUUUGUAGAAAUAGGAUCUGUGACACCUAAGCCUCAGAGUGGCAACGCCAAACCCAGAGUUUUCAGAUUGCCGCAAGACAGAGCGGUCAUAAACAGAUACGGAUUUAACAGCGACGGUCACGACGUUGUAUGGAAACGUUUGAAAAAAUUAAAAGAGAACAAACAUUUUAAUGGCAUCGUCGGAAUAAAUUUGGGAAAGAACAAGGAGUCCAAGGACGCGGUUCGGGAUUACAUUGACGGUAUAAAGAAAUUUAUGGACGUGGCGGAUUACUUUGUAAUCAACGUUUCCAGUCCCAACACGCCGGGAUUAAGAUCCCUUCAGAGCAAACAGAGUUUAAAACAAUUACUGACAAGCGUCAAUGAAGCGAGAGAGAUGUUGGAUAGCAAACAGCCGUUGCUCUUGAAACUGGCUCCGGAUUUGUCGGAUUCGGAACGGCAGGAUGUGGCGGAUGUGAUUUUGCAAAAGAAGUCCAACGUGGACGGUUUGAUUUUGUGCAACACGACAAUUGCACGACCGAAUUUAAUCGAUCCGAACAGAGAGGAAAGCGGAGGUCUCAGUGGCGCGCCUCUUACCGACAUAUCCACCGCUAUGAUUUCCGACAUGUACAAAAGAACACGCGGCAGCAUUCCGAUCAUCGGAGUGGGUGGUAUAUUUUCCGGCACUGAUGUUUACGCUAAGAUAAAAGCUGGUGCCUCUCUGGUGGAACUUUACACCUCAUACAUAUACAACGGACCUCCGAUAGUCAGCAAGAUCAAAAGAGAAUUGUGCGAAAUACUCGAGGCUGAUGGUUUUUCUUCUGUGAAUGACGCAAUCGGUCGAGAUAUUAAAAACAGAUAAAUAUUUUCCUGUUAGAGACGCAUCGUAUGUAAUAUCUUUAUGUAUAUACAAUAAUAUAUAUAUAUAUAUAUAUACAAAAAUAAAUUUGUUGCAAUAUAGAUAUAAAAAAA